AUGGCAACCCAUAUUCAACGGCAAGCACCUCCAAUACCUGGCAAAAGACGCCCGGUCAACAAGACUUUUAGUGGCUGCGCCCGUUGUAAAUCCAGCAAGGUAAAAUGCGAUGAAGCGAAACCCAGCUGCGGCCGCUGCGUUUCAAGAAAGCUACCAUGUCCGGGUUAUCCAGGCAUGAUAAUACGAUGGUCUACAAAGCACGAAGUGUUCAAUAGCGUAAAAGAUAUAAUAUCGUGUUCCCCAACUGAGAGUAAUGCUGUGCCCGACGAACAAGAGAGUGCUCCAAUAUCGGCGAUCGCAAACGCAUCUUACAAGCUCCCGAAUAGUCAUGGCCCGGCCUAUUUGUUGGACACGCAUAGCCCCAUGGGCCCCAUGGACUUUACAGACACUGUUCCAUCAUUGCCGGGCGUGAUGCAAUACCAGGACAAUUACCAGUGGCUAGAUACUUCUUCAGUUGUCCCAUGGAAGAAGACUUCUAUCCCGCCGGCCAUUAGCCACCUUCCAGCAGAUUUGGCAACAUAUUAUUUCAAGAACGUCUGUUCGGUUUUCUCCAGUUUUGACUCGGAACUUAAUCCGUUUCGGUCAUAUGUUUCCCAAGUCUUCUCGUACUCUGCGCCUGUAUUCAAUGCAAUGCUGAGCGGUUCUGCGGCAAGACUAGCGGACGAGAAACCACAGCUGAAAAUUAUCGCUCUGCAAUAUCAGAGUCAGGCCUUGAGAUGCAUCGCAGAGAGUCUAAAACAAACGAACAAAGUCCGCGAAGACACCCUAUUCGCAAUAUUCCUCAUAGGAUUGAGUACAGCAUGGCACGAUGGAAAGGAUAUCGGCAUCGCUCACUUCCAUGCUGCCCAGCGAGCCAUCUCAUCAAAUGCAAUAUCCGCGAGAGGGAACAACCAGUCAAUGGCCAACUUCUUCAAGUCUGCUCUCAUCUAUUGGGAAAUGGCUAUUAGUAUAGUCAGUGAUGAAGUAGAGUUCAGUUCCGACAUAGAGGCUGCCACAGCGGAAGAAAAUCCUAGUAUGGCAACCAUAGAAGCAAGAGAGUCCACCAAUCCUCGUAUAGCUCCACACCCAUGGACUGGGGUGUCAUCACCUAUCCAAGCUAUCUUCAGUCGAGUCACAAAGGUCAUCCGGUCAUUGAGGCUGAUUGAUGAUCACUCUGAUGCUGGCCUACUCCGACACAAGAAACUCAGCCAAGACGCUACUAAACUAGAAGAAGCUCUCUGGUCUGUUGCAUUGCCAGAUAUCGCGGAAAUCGAUGGUUCGGGAGAUCCUAACACGCCAUCACACCACCACGUUCUUCUCGCGGAGGCAUACCUCUUUGGUAGCUUAUAUCAGAUAUAUCGCAAGUUUCCCGGCAUUCUACGGCACCGCCAAGAGUAUAUGUCAUCUGCUGGCUGCCCUCCGUUAGGACCCAAGAACAAUCCGAUAGCCGAAUGGUGGAACUCGCUGUCUAAUGCCGCUUCUAAUGAUAUGUUUCUACGCUCUCUCGGGUUUAGCGUACUUGAUCGCCUACAACAGAUUCCAAUCACAUCUGGCACAAGGUCUGUUCAAGCCAUUUUAAUAUUUGUCGCCGCCGGUUCGCUGGCCAUACCACCUCCAUUCAUUCAAGAGCCUAUUCAACACGAUGAUUAUGUAUCACCUCUUGAAGCAGGUUCGGCUUUAGAGCACGAUCAUGUCAUGGAUUUACGAGUCUUCACAAUUUCCCGGCUGGCAUCCCUCCGGUCACUGGUCCAUUCGCGACCAGUUGAUCUAAUGUUACAAGUCAUCAAGGAGAUGUAUCGACGUCUUGAUAUGGGAGAAGAAGUUUUUUGGAUUGAUCUUAUUCGCGAAAUGGAGUGUGAGACUAUGUUUGGGUAG